AUGUCCGCUAUUAAAGAAUUAUUUGGUACUACAACAGCCAAUGUAGAUAGUCAGAAAAAUAAGAAUCAAAAUAUAUCAAAAUUAUUUUCUGCAAAUUUGAUUUCCACUAAUGAACUUAUGGAUAAAAUUUCUAAAGAAAAAAAACAACAACCCACAAUCAAAAUAGAUGAGCAAUUAAAAGAAAAUGAUGAUAAUGAAGAAUCUAAAGAAGACGAAGCUGAAUCAGGUGAAAUAAAAAAUCCAGAAGAAGAAGAAAAAGAAGAAAUUAAAGAAAAUAUUCAAAAGAAAAAGAAAAAGAAACUUUCAGAUGAGAAUGAUAAUUUGGAAGGUGAAUAUAUUGCAAAACUAAUGAAAAACAACACUGAUUUAACUGAGACUGAUAAUACAGAAAAAGAAGGUAAAGAAUCUGAUCAGGAAAAGAGUGAAAAAGAAACUGAGUCCAGUGUUUCUACAAUUGACCCGGUUACUGAGAAAACUAAAAGAAUAGAUUUGAAGGAAAAAGAAUUAGAAAAAGCUGAAAGAACUUUAUUUGUUGGUAAUAUCCCAAUUUCUAUUUUGAAAGAUAAAAAGUUAGAAAAAAAAUUCAAAAAAUUCUUUUCUAAUUUUGAAUUUUUAAACACUAAUGAAGGUGAUGUGUUGGAGGCAAAUGACACCGAUAAUGCCACAAAAUACAAAAUCGAAAGUUUUAGAUUUAGAUCAGUAGCUCUUAAUGAACCCUUACCAAGGAAAGUAGCUAUAUCUCAACUAAAACUAGAUGAAAAAAGGGAUUCUGUUAACAGUUAUAUUGUCUAUAAUUCUCCUAAAAUUAUAGGUCCGUUAUGUAAGUAUUUAAAUGGUAGUGUCUUUGAAAACCAUCACUUGCGUGUUGACUCAGUAAGUCACCCAACCACACAUGACAAGAAAAGGUCUGUUUUUGUGGGAAAUUUGGAUUUUGAAGAAGUGGAAGAAAGUUUAUGGAAACAUUUCGGUGCUACUAACCAUAAUUCCAAGCCUUUGAAUAUAGAAUAUGUUAGAAUUAUUAGAGAUCCGAAAACAAAUAUGGGUAAAGGUUUUGCUUAUGUACAGUUUAAAGAUACAAACGAUGUUUCUAAAGCUUUAUUAUUAAAUGGUAAGCCCAUAUCGAGUACGGUUGCGUCGAAACCACGGGUUUUACGUAUUUCAAGAUGUAAGAACAUGGAUAAAAAGGGUAAAAGACAACAAAAUACCAAUGACAUUGCUAACAAAAAGUUAAAUAACCAACAAAGGUCAAAAUUGGGUAGAGCCAAAAAGAUUUUGGGCAAAUCAGAUAAGGCUACUGCUGGUGGUAUUACUAUUGAAGGUGAAAGAUCCGUGAAAGGGAAAGGUACUCCAGGCAGUAUAUUGGGUAAGAGAAAAAGAAAGCCGAGAUCCAAAGAUGGUAGAGCUGCUAAACGUUCUUUGGCCUAUAAAAAGAAAUUAAACAGUCAAGAAUAG